AUGAACAAGCCUGAAGCGGCAGGAAGAAUGGUGCAGUGGGCAAUCGAGCUCAGCCAGUUCGACAUAAAAUAUCGUCCAAGGAUGGCGAUAAAAGCACAGGCACUGGCCGAUUUUAUAGUAGAAUUCACCAUCCCUAGGAACGUAGAGAAUAUCUGGACGGUAAAUACUGACGGAUUGUCCACUCAAAGGGGAGGCGGAGCAGGCAUCGUCAUCACUUCCCUUGAAAAAAAUGUCCUCAAGUAUGGAGUCCAGCUUAAAUUCCCUGUAACCAAUAACGAAGCAGAAUACGAGGCCUUAUUGACAGGAUUGAGAGUAGCCCGGGCACUAGGAGCUGAGAAUGUUGUACUCAAAAGCGAUUCCCAACUCGUCAUUGGGCAAGUAAGAGGGGAGUACGAAGCAAACGAGGCUAGGAUGCAGAAAUACCUCAAAUUGACGAACCAAUUGAUAAGCUCCUUUAAUUACGUAGAGUUCGUCCAGAUCCCCAGGGAUCAGAACGCAGAAGCUGAUGAGGUGGCCCGAAAUGCCUCAACGGAUAGCGAAAGUAAAAGGUUCGAUUGGAAGACGGAAGAACAAAACUAUCCUAGCAUCCAGAAACUUCAAACUUUCUCCGUCCACACUGACAAUGGUUGGACGAGCCCGAUAUUCACAUUCCUUGAAGAAGGACGACUACCGCCAGAUCUAGAAGAAGCUAAAAAGGUAUGGAAACGAGCAGCCAGAUUUACAAUACUUAAUGACGAGCUCUACAAAAGGGGCUACUCCCAACUGUAUUUGAGAUGUGUGGAAAAUGAGGAAGCCAGAUACAUCCUUGAAGAAGUACAUGGGGGAAUCUGCGGAGAUCACACGGGGGCAAAGUCCCUCGUCAGGAAGAUCAUGAGAGCAGGCUACUUUUGGCCAACAAUGCAACAAGACGCAGCUGAUUUCGUGAAGACGUGUGAUAGUUGCCAAAGAUAUGGGAAUGUUCAAAGAAUCCCCGGGGAAAAGAUGACCACAAUAUCGUCUCCCUGGUCAUUUGCACAGUGGGGGAUCGACAUCAUGGGUCCCUUACCUCCAGGAAAGAGACAAGUGAAGUUCCUACUCGUCGCCAUCGACUACUUCACAAAAUGGGUGGAGACAGAAGCUUUGGCAACAAUCACCGAAGCAAAGGUUCAGGAUACCAAGGAUGAUCAUAUCAGACAACGGUUGUCAGUUUGA